AUGAAAGAGGCUAAUCCAUCGUUUUUGCCUCUAGCAUCUGUUCUUCAGGAUGAAACACCUUCGCUACCCGACGCUUCCAAACUCAUCGAUGGUGACACUGAAGAAUUCAUUCGGGUAGCAAACACACAACCAGCCGUCAUUGCCGAUGUCAUAAAGCAACGUUCCCCGAGUGUGAUUGCAGCACUAAAAUUGACCAUCAAAGAUGAAAUAGCCGCAGCUUGUCAAACGUUAUGCAGACGCUCCGAUGGCUCGGUUUUAUAUAGCAACAGGAACAGCUUCGAGACUUUGAAGGAAUUUGAUUUUGAUCGCGUUUGGACAGAAAUGAAAAGUAUUGUGCCUUUUUUCAUAGAGAUCAUGAAUGCCGUGUCUGGAAAG